AUGAUGGCAGAGUUGAAGGAGGAAGAGUAUGUGCAUCAAGUGUACAACGAAAUUGCACCACACUUCUCGCAAACAAGAUACAAGCCAUGGCCAAUUGUGACAGAGUUUUUAAACUCAAGGGAAAUGGGGUCUAUUGGGAUCGAUGUAGGGUGUGGUAACGGCAAAUACCUUGGAGUUAACCCCAACUUAUUUAUAAUAGGUUCAGACCGUUCUUCUGGGUUAAUCUCGUGUGCGCACGAUAUCAAUAAAGACUACAACGUGCUCAUUGCAGAUGGGAUAUGCUUGCCUCAUCGUGAUAACACGUUUGACUUUGCAAUUUCCAUUGCUGUAGUUCACCAUUGGUCUACCAGAGAAAGACGUGUACAAGCUAUCAGACACAUCAUGAGUAAGUUGAAGUCUGGCGGAGAAAUGUUAAUAUAUUGUUGGGCUUUAGAACAGGCGGAUUCUCGUAGAGGGUACCAAGAGGGAAUGGAGCAGGAUGUCUUGGUGCCGUGGGUUCUUCAAAAAAAAGAGUCCACCAAGAAGAAGGAAUCCAAGCCUGAAGCACCAGCCAAGCCUGACUUGACAAAUAUUCCAAAACACGAAAGAUCAGCAUACAUUCAAAAGUGGAAGCAGGAACAGGAAGCCCUAAGGCUGCAAAGAGAAAGAGAGCAGGAAGAACUGCGCAAGAAACAGCAGGAAGAAGAAAAAAACAAUACAAAGUAUAGAUACUACCAUUUGUAUCGUAAGGGGGAGUUGGAGGAAGACUGUGAAAUGGCUGGUGGUAUAAUUAUCGGACAAGGAUACGAAAAAGAUAAUUGGUACGUAAUAGCAAAGAAAGCCUAA